AUGUCCAGGAUGUACAAGGCCCUGGUCCCCGUGGCGCUGCUGCUGCUGUGCACGGCUCUGCUCCGUGUGCAGGCUCAGGAGGUGAAGGCGGUGAAGCUGUGUGGACGAGAGUUCCUCAGAGCUGUGGUGUACACCUGCGGAGGCUCACGCUGGAGACGCAGCGGCACUGAGGACGAUGGGUCCCUGAGUGAGGAGUCUGCGGGCACGUGGGGCCCCAGGAUGGAGCUGAGGAGGAGGGACAUGAACAGCAUCCUGACGUCCGUGUGCUGCACGAUGGGCUGCAGGAAGAGCGAUCUGUCUUUGCUCUGUUGA